GAAACGAUUCAAGUCUGAAAACAAUGUUACUGCGAGUUUGUAAAAAAGAAUAGAACACUUGAGAACCUAACAAAUAUAAGGGGUUCGUUGCUUAGCUCGUUUGGGUGUUUAAUAAGGAGAAAAAAGUGUAAUUCACGAAAUGUCUGACUAUUGCCGUGUGUCUGAGACCCUGUAUGUGGGUCUGUGUGGUUACAUAGGGUCACCGACAGAAGUGACCGCCAGGAGGGAGGUGUUGGAUAUGGAGGAAAUGAUGCAAAAGGCUGCACAUAGACAUACAGGUAUGAGAGAUAUGACCAGUGGUAGUUAUAGGGAAGGUUUUAGGUUUAACUCUUCUGAUAGAGACACGAUGCUCUGGUCUGCCAAUCAUAAAGUGAUAGCCGACUUGUUACAGUUCAGUGUGUACGAUUUAUCAAAACAUACUAUUAUUCUCAUGGAGGACACUUGUACACCACCAGGGUUUGUCAGAUUGCAGCUUCUGACGUCAGCACGAGGUAGCGGUAUUGAAUUCGUGAAUGUUCAAUCAAGUGACGGGAUGUUCUUAUCAAGUUUAAGGUGGAGACAAAUCAUGUUGACUAAUAUAAGUGGCCAUAAAUCUUUCAACAAUACAAAAAGACAUGGUCCUUGUGCAAACGGUUUCAUUGGUGAUAAAGAAAAUGAUUAUGUUCUUUGUUUUCAUAGUUCCUACUGGUCACGGUUAACGUGUUAUUGGCAAAAAAGAUGUACUCUGCAUAAUUGGCCCCCAAACCACGUGUUUAAUGAUAUUCUAACAAAGGGUUGCCAUUUUGUGCCUGUCGGAAAUAAAAUAGAAGCCGAUGAAAACGAACUUGAUUGGAGAUUAUCCUUUUCUCAGGCAGAACAAAAACUAGUUUAUUCCAUGAAUCACACACAAUUUCUGUGUUACGGACUUUUAAAAUUGUUUCUAACGGAAGUAGUCAAUCGCGACAUAAAAGAACCAUUCCUGUGUUCAUAUUUCAUGAAAACAACAAUGUUCUGGCUAAUACAAAUAGGACAUAUCACAUGGUGUCCAAAUUACCUUCUGGAUUGUUUCUGGAAAUGCUUCAAAUAUCUGUUACAUUGCGUCCAUCGAGGUGUGUUGCCAAAUUUUUUCAUUCCACAAAACAACAUGUUUACCAGCAAAUUGUCCACAGUUGAAGGUACACGCACACGAGAUUGUCUCUUAGAACAACUAAACGGGUACUACGAAAUAGGCGCAACCUGUUUGCUACUAAGUCCGACGGUCCGAAAUAUUAUUGAACCAGUUAUAUGUAACAACCUUGUCAGACUUGUCCCGCUGCUGGUACACAUCAAGAGUGCUGCAGAUACAGAUGUUUGUAUCAGAAAGGAAAUAUAUAGCGUAAUGGAUAUUUCAUCAAACGACAUAGGGAAAAAUUUUCGUAUUCUAAGGUUUAUAUUAAUUUUGUCAAACCAAUCGCUUACAGAAUAUAAGAUGUUAACAUUACAAAAAUGCACAGCUGAUGUUUUAGUUCAGUCAGCAUUCUUAUAUCUCCAUAGUUCAACAGAAAGUAUAAAUAAGAGAGUCUACAGAUCAGACAGACUAAUUGGUAACUUGUUAAUGCUGGCAUGUAGAGUGGGUAACGUGUCUUGUUUGUUGUAUCUUGCGAUGUAUUACUACAGAAAAUGUAGAUAUAGAAAGGCGCUCCAUGUUACAGCUCUGGUUAUAUCAAGACUCACACAGCCCUAUACCAUGUGUUACACAGUGAACCGAGAAAGGUACAAUGAAUCUGUGGCAGGUUGGUCUCUGUCUAAACGUAUGAAGAAGGCUUGGGUAAACAAUGUAUGUCUUCAUGGUGAUAUUCAUUAUAUACAGGAACUAGUUUUGGAACAGAAAGUAAGCGUAGAAAAUGGUAACCCGACAUUGUAUAUUACACCCUAUGUAGUGACUAACAUGUUAAGAGUGUUAUGUAACCACAGACUAGGUAACCGGUCCCAGUGUCUACAGUCACUGACAGACCUACAGAAACUGCUCCUUUAUGAUGAUAGGAGAUACGUACCCAUAGAUGACGGAGACAUCUCGUGGCAGAUACUGGGGAUCUGUCAGCACGUUGUGGGGGACCUACACGGGGCGUUACAGUCUUAUCAACAAUCACUGAGACAGAGACCAUACCACAAAAUACAGAAUGCAACAAAAUACAGAACUGCACUAAUUUUGAAUCAACAAAUAUAAUCGUCAUUCUAAAACCGUAGCAUAAAAUGGCAUUGCUUUACUAAUUAAUUAAGUUAUCUGUUUUUCAAUAAAAUGUAAACCUGUUAUUAGAUUGUUGCAAAUAUUGAUAGAUGAUUUGGUUCAACAAAAAUUAAAGUAAAAAAACGAACAAUUUGAUCUUUGUUUGUUACAUAUAUACCGCAUAUGAUUCAAUUUACUCAAUAUGAUAUGUAUUUAUAUAAUCAUCAAUUGUUAAAAUUAUUCGAACUUUUAAUAUAAAUUAUGUAUUAUAGGGUUUUCCUAUUCCAACAGAAGACCUUAUAGUGGUUGUAGUGUUAGUUCUUUCUUUUUAAGGACUUCCGUUUCGACCGGAAGACCUUAUAGUGAUUGUAUCGUUUUUUCUUUCUUUCUUUCUUUAAUUUCCUUCUUUCUUCCUAAUUAAGGGUUUCCGUUUCAAACGGAAGACCUUAAAGUGAAUGUACUUGUUUUUUAUUUCUUUCUUUCAUCCUAUUUCCCCCCUUUUUUGUCGGUGGAUUAUCUCCGAGAUGACUGGAUAUAAUUCCUGAAAAUUUUAAGAAUAAUAGAUCCAUGAUAAUAUCUCCUGGCGUUUUAUUCAUUUAACUUUUAUCUUCUUUUUUUUUUAAUCUUUUUUGGUUGUCCGUUUCCUGUCCCGCGACAAAAAACCCUGUUCCCUCGAGAUCUCAAUACGACAAGGACUUGAACAUCCAAACUUUUUGGAAGAUUAACUUGUGUUUGAAAAUGUGUUUAAACUAUUUUAGUUUGUUCGUCGUAGCUUCCAGUCGUCAUUAUAGAUGAUGAAUUUUUUUUUUACGUCUUUAAGGACGUCGUUUACUCAGGGUUUGAGUUCUCAAAUUCGGAUUUUUUUAAAAGUUCAAUAUCAUGAGUAAA